CUUCAGUGAUAGAGUAAAGCUUACUUCCCAUCAAAGUAUUCACACGGAGAAAACAUAUAAAUGCUUCCUGAGUGGAAAAGUCUUCAGUCAAGUAGAUGUCUUACUUCCCUCCAAAGAAUUCACACAGGGGACAAACCAUACAAAUGAUUGUAGUGCGAAAAAGCCUUCAGUCACAGCCCAUCUUACUUUAUUUACAUCAGAGAAUUUGCACAACCUUACUUUCUGUCAAAAAAUGUAUACCGGGCAGAACCCAUAUAAAUGCUUAGAGUGCGGAAAAGACUUCAGUCAGAGAGAAAAUCUUACUUCCCAUCAAAGAAUUCACACAGGAGAGAAACCAUACAAAUGCCAGGAGUGUGGAAAAGCCUUCAGUCAGAAAGUACAUCUUACUACCCAUCAAAGAAUUCACACAGGGGAGAAACCAUACAAAUGCCUGGAAUGUGGAAAAAGCUUCAGUGACAGCUCAAGUCUUCCUGCACAUCAGAGAAUUCACACAGGGGAGAAACCUUACAAAUGCCUGGAGUGUGGAAAAGACUUCAGGCUGAGUGGAAGCCUUAUAUCCCAUCAAACAAUUCAUAUAGAUCAGAAACUAUAUAAAUGUCUGGAGUGUGGAAAAAACUUCAAGCAGAGAGCACAUCUUACUAUCCAUCAAAGAAUUCACACAGGGGAGAAACCAUACAAAUGCCUGGAAUGCGGAAAAAACUUCAGUCAGAGCUCAAGUCUUACUACACAUCAGAGAGUUCACACAGAGGAGAAACCAUACAAAUGCCUGGAGUGUGGAAAAGACUUUGGUAAGAGAACAAGUCUUACUUCCCAUCAAAGAAGUCACACUGGGGAGAAACCAUAUAAAUGUCAGGUGUGUGGAGAAAACUUCAAGCAGAGAGCACAUCUUACUUCCCAUCAAAGAAUUCACACAGGGGAGAAACCAUACAAAUGCCAGGAGUGUGGAAAAGGAUUCAAUAGGAGUGAGAACCUUACUUCCCAUCAAAGAAUUCACACUGGGGAGAAACCAUAUAAAUGUAUGACGUGUGGAAAAGGCUUUGGUCAGAGAACAAAUCUUACUUCCCAUCAAAGAAGUCACACUGGGGAGAAACCAUACAAAUGCCUGGAGUGUGGAAAAGCCUUCGGUCACAGCGCAAGUCUUACUUCACAUCAGAGAAUUCACACAGGGGAGAAACCAUACAAAUGCCUGAAGUGUGGGAAAGACUUUAUUACAAGUGGAAAACUUACUUCCCAUCAAAGAAUUCACACAGGGCAGAAACCAUAUAAAUGCCAGGAGUGUGGAAAAGACUUUCAUGACAAAUCAGGACUUACUUCCCAUCAACGAAAUCACACAGGGGAGAAACCGUACAAAUGCCAGGAGUGUGGAGUAGCCUUCAAGCACAGUGCCAGCCUCAAUUCCCAUCAAAGACGUCACAUGGGGGAGAAACCAUAUCAAUGCCUGGAAUGUGGGAAAGCAUUCAGUAGGAGUGACAGCCUUAUUUCCCAUCAAAGAAUGCACACAGGGGAGAAACCAUACAAAUGCCAGGAGUGUGGAAAAGCCUUCAGUCAGAGCACAACUCUUACUUCACAUCAGAGAGUUCACACAGGGGAGAAACCAUACAAAUGCCAGGAGUGUGGAAAAGGCUUCAGUCAGAGCACAACUCUUACUUCACAUCAGAGAGUUCACACAGGGGAGAAACCAUACAAAUGCCUGGAGUGUGGGAAAGGCUUCAGUCACAGCACAGUUCUUACUAGACACCAGAGGAUUCACACGGGGGAGAAACCAUACAAAUGCCUGGAGUGUGGAAAAGACUUUAUUCAACGUGGAAACCUUACUUUCCAUCAAAAAAAUCACACAGGGCAGAAACCAUAUAAAUGCCAGGAGUGUGGAAAAGACUUUAGUCACAGAUCACAGCUUACUUCCCAUCAAAUAAUUCACACAGGGGAGAAACCGUACAAAUGCCUGGAGUGUGGAGUAGCCUUCAACCACAGUGCCAGUCUCACUUCCCAUCAAAGAAUUCAUGCAGGGGAGAAAUCAUAGAAAUGCCUGGGGUGUGGAAAAAGUUUCAGCUGGCUUCCCACCUUACUUAUCAUCAAAGAAACAAUGUGGGAGAAAUCAUUGCAAA